AUGGCUCUUCAAUUCCAACAUGUAGACCCCGAUUUCUGCAAGAUGGAGGAAAAUGAGAUCGAGGUGAGCCUUGAGGCUGAACAAGAGACCACUGUAGCAGCAGAAAAUGGUAACUUUGAAGGUUCUCUAAAUGGUCCAGACAAAUUAAAGAACCAGGGCAUCCCAGACCGAAAGGAUGAUGUGAUCCACUACAUUGGUGAUGACAUCAAAGAUGAGAGCCAUGGGAGCCACCAAGGGUCUGGACACCCACAGUUGGAGAAGCAGGAGAACUUGGCUGCUGCCAGAGUUCCACAGUUACGGCGCACAAGGCCACGGAUCCAGUUGGGUCUCACACCCAGGCAGCUGAGUGAACUGGAAAAAGUUUUUCAACAAACUAAGUACCCUGAUGAGGCCACAAGGAGGGACCUUGCAAAGCGCUUGUUCCUGGGAGAAUCCAGAGUGCGGAGUUGGUUUAAGAGAAGAAGAGCCAAGUACAGGAAAACUCAGCAGUCUCAAAUGCUCAAGUGUGAAUCUGCUGACGGGCAGAACACCUUGCAGUAAAGCUUUUGGAGGAGUCCUGAAGCAUCAUCUUGUCCCAGCACUGGAUGAAGACAGGAUAUUCUGGUGUCACUGACAAGCGCUCAUAAUGGCUGUGAAACCUU